CCACUUCUGCAGCAAGGAGCAAGGGACCCGAGCAACAGGCACCAUAUUUACCUCAGGGUGUGAAGAUCGUUUGUCCAGGCUGGGGCAGAAGAGGCCCCGAGGCCCCUGCAAGAGCUGGCCUAAGGGCCUGACCUUCCUGCACCAUCAGAAAGUAGAACAUGGCUGCACUUCUGCCACUGCUGCUGGGCCUCAGCCUGGGCUGUACGGGAGCAGGUGGCUUUGUGGCUCACAUGGAAAGCACCUGCGUACUGGACGAUAACGGGACCCCAGAGGACUUCACAUUCUGUGUUUCCUUCAACAAAGACCUGCUGGCCUGCUGGGAUCCAGAGGCGGGAAAAAUAGCCCCCUGUGAAUUUGGGAUGCUCUAUCCAUUGGCUGAAUUCAUUUCAAAAAACCUCAACAAAGAUGAGGCCCUGCUACGGCGCUUGAGCAACGGGUUUCGGGACUGUGCGGUGCACACGCAGCCCUUCUGGGAAGCACUGACCCACAGAACGCGGCCGCCGUCAGUUCAAGUAGCCCAGACCACUCCUUUUAACACGAGGGAGCCUGUGAUGCUGGCCUGCUACGUCUGGGACUUCUACCCAGCGGACGUGGCCAUCACAUGGAUGAAGAAUGGCCAGCUUGUCGCCCCCCACAGCACCAAAGAGAAGACCGCUCAGCCCAACGGAGACUGGACGUACCAGACCGUCUCCUACCUAGCCACGGCCCCCUCCUAUGGUGACAUCUACACCUGUGUGGUGCAGCACAGUGGGACCUCGGAGCCUGUCCGUGGGGACUGGACAGCCGGGCUGUCCUCCAUCCAGAAGGUGAAGGUUUCUGUGUCCGCGGCCACCCUGGGCCUGGGCUUCAUCGUCUUCUGUCUCGGUUUGUUCAGCUGGCGGAAGUCCCAGUCCUCCAGUGAGUGGCCCCUGAGCCUGAGCCCUUCGCAGUCUCCCUCCUCCCGCUCCCCCUCCUCCACCUCCUGUUUCUCUCGCUUUCUGUCUGCUACCUUCCUCUCCCUGGAUCCACUUACCCAGAAGGUAACAUUCCCGUCGGUCCCCCUGCUUACUGGUCCUCAGAAGGGGCAUUGGUCCCUGGGCAUCCGCAUUAACCGCAACCAGCGUCGUCGGUAG